UUUGACAUAAAUAGCCGUGCGGGGCACCGCUCUCAUUCAUUCGCAGCAGAGACGUUGAGCGGAACGACAGCCAGGAGAACAGGACACCGACCGUUCUUCGCCCAAAAGGAGCUUUGCCUCAGCCUCAGUUUUGCGCCUCAGUUUCUUGUUCUGUUGUUAAGUUUUUUUUGUUUGUGCUUAGUUUUCAAAAAAGUUUCCCGUUCAAUCAUUCCAUCAUUCAUCGUUCUCCACGUUCAAUCAUUCACCGUUCACCACGUUCAAUCAUUCACCGUUCUCCACGUUCAAUCAUUCUUCAAUCCACGUUACGUUACGUUAAGUUACGUUCACGUUUGCGUUUUUAAAGGUGCGACGCGUUUAAGAUUUGUUGCCCCAUCAUUUCGUUUGACACGCGGCGGUGGCGACUCUCAGUGCAAUGGCCACGCAGACACAGACACAGAUACAGACACUGCUGCCACAGCAGACACAGACAUCGACACUCUGCCACCCGCAUAGUAUUGGCAUCCAGCUGCAGCACAAGGGCAUGCCCCACGGUCUGGGGCUGCUCACCACAGUGGCCUCGCUGCCCCCGAAGUACCGCAGUCGCUAUCUGAAUCUGAAAAGCAAGUGUGAAAUUCCGCUGGAUCUCUCGGUGAAGCCGCCAACACCCACAAUGGAGCUGCACGAGGAGGCGCUGCAGGAGGAGGUGCUGCAUCCAAUUAGCGACGGAACGGAUGUUCCGAUGGCCACCGCAUUUGCUGAGGUUUACAGCAGCGAGGCCGUGGCAAAGGAGGUGCCAAGGGAGCAGCAGCGGGAGAUGGAGGAGCAGACCACCAUCACCCCACCGCAGAGUCCUGGUCCGCUGUUGAAGCGUAAAUUGAGCGCCACAGAGGAUGAUGGCCAACAUGCCGCAAAGCUUCCCAGAAAAAACAUCGACGAAGAGGAGGAGCUGCCCUCAACGAGCAGGGCGGGGGCCCUCGUGGAGGCCACACCUGCCAAACCCAUCAAAGUCUCGGACACGGCGCCCAGAACCACCAAAGCAUCGACAUCGGGCAAGUCCUCGUCGCGGAACAAGGCCACGCGGAAGCUGAAAUUCGAUGAAGAGACAUCGUCCCCCGUUUCGGGUACCAUCAUUCGACCCCUGGAGGACAUCACCGACGGGACGAUGCAGUACAGCAACGGGGACAUUGAUCCCAAGUACAACAUCGUGGAGAUCACCGAGGAGACGAAGGCAGAGCUGGCGGCCAUCAAGAAUGUCAUCGGGGACUAUGUCUGCCGCUUGUGUCGCAUCAAGUUCGAGGACGCCUUCGGGCUGGCGCGGCAUCGGUGUGCCUGCAUUGUGCUGCUGGAGUACCGCUGCCCCGAGUGUGGCAAGCAGUUCAAUUGCCCCGCGAAUCUGGCCUCGCAUCGGCGGUGGCACAAGCCCAAGAAGGAGGCGGCGGGCGUGAAGAAGGAGAACCAGCAGCCAGCCGCAUCGGCAUCUGCAUCGGCAUCGGCGGCAGCAGCGAAAGGAGGCGCCAUCAAGAAGGCUGUUGUAACUGAGGAGACUGCCACUGGCGGCGGCUUUGAUUGCUCCGAUUGCGGCAAGAAGUUCAAGCGUGCGGCGUAUCUCAGGAAGCAUCAGCUCACGCACGCCAAGAAGGGAGCGGCAGCAGCAGCAGAGUCCGCCAAGGAGAUGCCGCGGACCACCAUCAGGGCGGUGUUCAAGGCCACGCCGUACAGCGGAGCUUCCUCCUCCAGUGUGGCCUCCUCCUCCUCCGCCAGCAGCACGCACUCGCACUCGACGCACGAGGAUGAGGGCGUGUACGUGGUGGCCCCCACCACCAGCGGCGCCAGAGCCACCGCCACAGCCGCCAGGAGCACCACCAGCAGCCACUACGAGGUCGACUACGAUGCCGACUACAUGUCCGACAGCAGCUCCUCGGCCUCCUCGGCGGGCUAUGGCCGCCUGCAGAUCGUGGAGCACGGCCUCACGGAGGAGGAGAGCAUUGCGGCGGCGGCCCUCACGAAUCUAAGGAACUGCGCCUCCGUCAUCCAGCACACCACGAUGGCGCACUAAAGAGGGAGAGAGAGAGUCCCCGAGAGUGCACGAGAGUGAGUUUUGAGGUUGAGUUUUACUUAAGUUUUAGUUAUAGUUUAAGUUUUAGUUAUUAGCCAUUAAUUAUCCCCGCCCUGCCACAGAGGGGGCGGGUCUGCAGCUGAAACAAACCAAAGAAUUUAGUUUUACACGGGGAAAACAACUCUUGCCUCCAUUUGAUCACUUAGUUACACACUAGUUAGUCGUAAUGUUUAUGUUUAGUUAUCGAUUUGGUUUCCAUUCCACGAAAUGAGUUCAAUUCUAGUCAGAGUCUCCUUCGAACUUCCUUUGUCCCUAGUCCGUAGUCAGUGCUUAGUCAGUGUUUAGCCAAAGAAUAGUGAGUGGCACUAGUCAGCUUCAAUAUGAUCUCGUGUGCGGGAGGGCUCGCUCCCUUCCGCAGUACCUCGUACCAGGUAGCAGGCAUUUCCAUUACCAUUUCCCUCUAGUCGUUAGGCAUAGAUACUCGUAGGAUAUCUAGUCAUUUAGGAUCAGAACACUCUUCUAGUCAACACAUCCGUACUUUAUUCUCUAAUAAUUUCCUCAUACAUCCACCCAACCAUCUAUUGUCAUCUAAAAAUUCCUCAUACAUCAUUCCUAAGCAUCAUUCGUAUUACAUCUUCUCUCUCUUCAUUCCUACACCAUCAUCGAACCUUUUUCAUGGUUGUACAUCGACCUUCCACUUCUAUCUUUCAUCAACUACUUCUUCCUCAUAGAUCAUAGAUUAACACCAAUCUUUCACCUCUUUCACUGCUUUCACUCUUCAUUCAAUCUUUAAUCUGAACAAUCCUAAUGUGUAAACAUUCGGGGUUGCCUAUCAACAUUCUCUACUCAUCCCUCCUACCUCUACAUUCCAUCUUCUUCCUCUAUUCUCAUCUUUCAUUAAUCAUUCCCACUCUAUUCCUUCUAUAUCAUACCCACAUAUCAUUCCGCAGACCUUUCAAAACCUCGAAACACCUUCUUCAUGUCCUUUUAGUCAUUAGUUUUUCUUGCAUUCCCACUAGUCAUGUCUAGUCAUCAUCUAGUCAUAGGUUUUUCUCUAAGUUUUGUACAUGAUAAAAGAUAUACAUAUACAUAUAUUUCUUCAAUUUCGGCUACAGCUUUAGUUCUACAUAAAGUACUCUAGAUUAUCGCUAGGUAUUUUUUUUCUUCUUAAAUUUAAACCCAAACAAAUUCAGGCGAAAAUUGUGCAGUAAUAGUUUUUAGGUUCGAAAGGCAAAAAACCAAAGCAAAAACCAAAAAACAUCCUUAGUUUAGUAGUGGCAGAGGCCAGUGUUGGUCAACGAAGACCAGUGUUGCUAAAACCAAAAAGUCGAGUGUGAACUCUAGUCAUUUUUUUUUUGUCAUAGAUAGAAUCGUAAGCCGGGGAGAGCCCCUCUGUAUCUGUGGGCCUCCCCCUUCAAUUCUUCAUAGCCAUUCCACCACCCACCACCCACCACCCUAACCUUAGUUUUAGUUUUAGUUUAACUUUAGUUUUAGUUUUAGUUUUAGUUUAUGGACAUUACGGACCAGCGUCUCACUACCAGUCAAAGUAUUGAAAACAGUACAACAUCUAGCUAUAGAACAUAGGACGCCCUUUGUCGCAGGGCAGGGUAUCCCGUAGAACCAGCGGUUGUGUACUUAAUUACUUACUAAAACCUAGUCACAUAGCGACAGACGGACAGAGAGAGGGAGAGCAAUAUCACAGCAUUAUUGUUCCUUCAAAAAAUGUAUAAUUUAAAUGUAUAAAUCGGUUGUAACCAAACACACACACACACACACCAGAGUACAACGAAACAAUGGGAAACUUUCGCUCAAAAGUAGAUCUUAAGCUAGGAUACGUCUUAAAGUCUUAAAGUCUAUACACUCUAUAUACGAUCUACAUAUAUCAGUGGAUAAUCUCAUAUCUAAAAUGGUUGACGAUUGACGAUUUUUGUGAUACUAAAAUAUUAAGAAGCUAAGCCUAAAGUUUACAACAAAUGAAGUUUUUCUUUUUUUUUUUUCGUACUUGUCUGCUCGCUCGAUUGUGCAUUCAACAAUAAGAAAGAAAAUACAAAAGAAAUAUUUUUUUGAUAUACGUAAUAUUAUAGAAACCCCUAUAUACAUAUGUAUUUACAUACCCCCC